GCGCGGGGCGGUGCUUGCGGCGCUGCAGGAAAGGCACUGGCGCCGCCGCUCUUCCGGAGCCGCGCUAGCUUCGCCAUCGCCACCCGAGCGCUGCAGCAUGGGGCCCCUACCGCGCACCCUGGAGCUCUUCUACGACGUGCUGUCCCCCUACUCCUGGCUGGGCUUCGAGGUCCUGUGCCGGUAUCAGAACAUCUGGAACAUCAAGCUGCAGUUGCGGCCGAGCCUCAUAGCAGGGAUCAUGAAAGACAGUGGAAACAAGCCGCCAGCUCUGCUUCCCCGCAAAGCGCAAUACCUGAGACAGGACAUUAAGCUCCUGAGACAGCAUUUCCAGAUUCCCAUCCAGUUCCCCAAGGAUUUCUUCUCUGUGAUCCUUGAAAAAGGAAGUUUGUCUGCCAUGAGGUUCCUCACCGCCCUGAGCCUGGAGCACCCAGAGAUGCUGGAGAAAGUGUCCCGGGAGCUGUGGAUGCGCGUCUGGUCACGGGAUGAGGACAUCACGGAGCCCCAGAGCAUCUUGGCGGCUGCAGAAAAGGCUGGUAUGACUACAGAACAAGCCCAAGGAAUUCUGGAAAAGAUUUCAACACCAAAGGUGAGGAACCAGCUCAAGGAGACCACCGAGGCAGCCUGCAGAUAUGGGGCCUUUGGGCUGCCCAUCACUGUGGCCCAUGUGGAUGGCCAAACUCACAUGUUAUUUGGCUCUGACCGGAUGGAGUUGCUGGCAUACCUGCUGGGAGAGAAGUGGAUGGGCCCCGUACCUCCAGCCAUGAAUGCCAGACUUUAAGACUGCUCGGAGGAAGUAAACUAUUGGUGUAAAAAAGCAGGCCAUCUCCCCGCCACACACACACACCAUAAGGCACUGGGGCUCUGGUUUCUCUACCUGGUAGAGGUAUCCUGUCUUCCCCCUGCCCCCAGGGAUGCUGGGCAGGGGUCCACCGCUAGGCUGUGGCAGCCUGUACUUCUGUGCCUUAUGUGCCUUUUGGAGAGCCCUAAAUUCUGCUGUCCCACAAAAUAAACCUAAUGCUAUUAGGCAAA